UAAGAAUGAUUCCAUUGGCGGAACGUGAACCUGGAACGUAAGGGGAUUGGCUGCUCGUGGUAGGCGGCCACGCCCCGCGCAAGGGGUGGAGCCUGGAGAGCCCCACCCCAUGACCCGCUGACCCGUCGCCUUCUGCGCAUGCGUCGCCACUUGCACACUUGUGAAUGAUAGCAAAAGUGAGCGGGCGGGGGACAGCGUGGUAGGCGCUCCAUUCCGCGUGAAAUGAGCCGUUAGUUAGAACGGUACCCUCGUGGCGAGCACACGUGUGGCCCGGAGCACUGCCGCCGCCCUCCACACACACACACAAACACACACACACCCGCGCGAAAGUGAUAUUUCCACAUUGUUGGCCGGCCAGUUUUUGCCGGCGCGCCCGUGGUGGCAGCCUCGCGGACCAACGCCUCACUCCGUCCCCGCCCGGGCCCGCAGCACUACACUCCGCCUCUGCCACUCCGUCUAGUCAGCCUGGCGGCGCCCGGCCGAGGGUCUGCUGCCAUCGGCUUCCUCCCACUGCCGCCCCCGCCUGGCCCACUUAGGUCUACCUGUGACGUCACAUAUAGCACCGUGUGUCGCUUGGAGGCACGUGUGCACGACGCCUGAUUACUCAGUGUGGAACCUGAAGCCGAGAGAAGUGGAACACGUCCGCUCUCUCCUUCCUUAGUGCGACAGUGCAAUAAUAGUGACAGUUAGCGGGAUACUCGGCCUUCACCACCAGUGCCUCUCAUGUGUUCACCUCUGGUCAGUGUGUGUGACCCAGGACACCAAGAGCCCCUUUAAGGAAACCUACGGAUGCUCUCCAUCGACAGUGACUCUGACCUCGCAGUCUCUUAGAGAUUUGAGUCACCUCGACUUUGCUCGGCGACUCGGGAUUAAGUGUACAUUCUCGCCACUCGUGUAAAUGCAACUUCCCAACAGGCAGUUCGUGCCCGCCAAUGUGCUGCCUGCUCCGCUCCUCCAUGCUUCUUGUUGAAGGCGUGGACGUGACGCAGGAGAGCCCCCUCACGCCCGACGACACGCCUGCCGUGCCCCAUCCAGCCUUCACGCCGCCCCACUCCCACGCCCACAACAUGCUCGUCCUCCAACCACAGCAGUCACUGCUCCACCAGAGUAUGGCUGAGGCGCUGACCGCGUCCUACAGCCUCUCUCCUUCCUUCGGCGACGACUCCCUCAGCGGGACCACCAGCGAUGAUUUCAAGCUAGGAUCAGCCUUCACGGCCACUCCCACCCAGACCUACGGCGAGGGAGGCAACGACUCUUUCAGCAGCGAAAUUUUCCAGGCAGAAUACUUGCUUCCUACGCAGCCCCUGGAAGACCUGAAGCCCGUCAUCACCCACCCACCCACUGGCGCCUCGCCGCCCAGAUCUCCAGGCCACGCUGCAUCAACCCCCGUCUCAGUAGCAGCCCAGGGAGGAGCCUCUGCCCUCCCCAGCUUCCAGGAGACUUACUCCCCAAGAUACAGACCACUCGGCUCCGCAGAAGUUUUCACUUUCAACAAGACUGAUGAUGGCAGACCUGUGGAGUACCCGCAGCCACCUCCAGCCCACCAGGCCUUCACCCAGGCCUCCCCGCAGCACCAGCAGCAGCCACAGCUACAGCAGCAGCAACCACAACAGCAGCAACAACUCUCACAGCAGCAGCAGCAGCCAGCCCCGUCCUUCGAGGCUUACCCCCACCCGUCGCAAGUGUACUCCCGCCCCGCGCCCUACCCCAGCCCCUCCGUGCCCGUCACCCACGCCUACACCACUUCAACCAAGGCUUUCGGUGGAGAGUUCUAUCCUGCUGGUCCUACCUACGAUCCUCUGCAGCCCCUGCCUCAUGAGCAGUACAUCCGCCCCUCCACUUCGCACCACUACACUGAGAUGGGAGCAGCUUCCACCUCUAGCACACCUUCUGUGUCCUUCCUUGGCCGCAAGACAGCCGUUGAGCACAUUGACCCGGCACUCAUGAGGCUCCACCCCUCGCCCAUGACCUCUGCAGCCAGACCAGCCAGUGAACAGAAGCCCCAGUCGCCGGCGCAGCUGUGCGCAGUGUGCGGCGACACGGCCGCCUGUCAACAUUACGGCGUCCGUACAUGCGAAGGUUGCAAAGGAUUCUUCAAGCGCACCGUCCAGAAAAAUGCCAAGUAUGUUUGUCUUGCAGACAAAAACUGCCCCGUGGACAAGCGACGCCGCAACAGGUGUCAGUUCUGCCGCUUCCAAAAGUGUUUGGUGGUAGGGAUGGUGAAGGAAGUGGUCAGAACCGACAGUUUGAAAGGCCGCCGCGGCCGUCUGCCCAGCAAGCCCAAGAGUCCACAAGAGUCUCCUCCCUCACCCCCUGUGUCCCUUAUCACCGCCCUGGUGCGCGCCCACGUGGACACCACCCCUGACCUCGCCAACCUGGACUACUCCCAGUACCGCGAGCCUUCCAGCGGCGCCGAGUCCCCCUCCACGGAGGCCGAGAGGAUCCAGCAGUUCUACUCCCUCCUCACCUCAAGCAUCGAGGUCAUUCGACACUUCGCAGAAAAGAUCCCCGGCUAUCAUGACCUGGCCCGUGAGGACCAGGACCUCCUCUUCCAGUCUGCCUCCCUCGAGCUCUUCGUCUUGAGAGUUGCCUACAGACUCGUGAGUAACCCGGACGACACAAAGUUUGUGUUUGACAACGGGCGAGUCCUGCACAGGUCACAAUGCGAUCGUUCCUUCGGCGAGUGGCUGCAGGGCAUCCUUGACUUCUCUGUCUCACUAAAGACAAUGGAACUGGAUAUCUCAGCAUUCGCUUGCCUCUCAGCAUUGACAAUCAUCACAGAGCGACAUGGACUCAAGGACACCAAAAAGGUGGAGCAGCUGCAGAUGAAGAUUAUCAGCUCGCUCAGAGAUCACGUGACAUACAACGCAGAGGCGCAGAAGAAGCCUCACUACUUCUCACGGAUCCUGGGUAAGCUGCCGGAGCUCCGGUCGCUCUCCGUUCAAGGCCUUCAGCGGAUCUUCUACCUAAAACUGGAGGACCUGGUGCCUGCUCCCCAGCUCAUAGAGAACAUGUUCGUCUCCAGUCUCCCCUUCUGAACCCUUCGGAGAUUCUAAAGUCUUCAUCUCACUAGCAAGGGUGCAAGGAGCUGCCCCUCUGCCGCCCCUCCUCCCCGGUCACCUUCCAGAUGAUGGUGAAGGGCCUUUCUGUGCCUGAGUGCAUUGGCCCCCGGAGCCACAGGCGGUUUUGUAUACCAUGUCUAACUCCGCGACCUCGUCCUCCCGCCCGGGUCGCUGUUGUCUCUACGACACGCCCGCCCAUCAGAAAAUAUGAUCAACCCAGAUAACCUCCGGGUGUUUCCAGCAGCGAGUCUCAGUCAGGAUCCGAACCCUCGCGGCACCACCAGAGGGCUCCUGUUGCUCGCGUGCUGAGGUGGCGGUGGCGCGUGCACACGUACUCAUGAUUUGUUCACAGAGUUACUCUUGAAGCAUGAAGACUAUGUUAUUUUCUGAUAAUUGGUACAUAGAGCGAGGUGGAAGGUAGCCGCGCGGCGCGCAGGCCGACGCGGCUGUUAGACUUGUCAUUUUGGCGCAACGCCUUGACAAACUAGUCAUUCUGUGAUUUUACUGAAAAGAGAAAGAAAGAUUUUGAAGGAUGAAUUAUAAAAAUAAUAUUGUUUAUAGUCUAAGCUCAGUAAAGCUUGAUUACGUAUUUUUGUAAUUACUCUUAAGUCAACGUAGGUUAGUCUGAUAUACAAUAUUGUCGGCCUUACCUUUUGCAUAGGUAACUGUACAAAACCCUGUAGGUAGUUAGUGCUCUACGCUCCUCCAGUCGCAACAAGACGCGACCAGUAGGUCCUCCUGUCCCGGCUCAGUCCGGCAGCCAUGAGCAGCAGCAGCAGCAGCAGCAGCAGUAAAAGGCGACCGCCGACAGGGUUGUGACGCGUAAGUGUUACUUACGCGCUCCUCAUCCUUCCUGUUCCUGGCGUCGUUAUCUGGUGGCAGUUUUGACCUGUUGUUAUCCAUCUACUACUUUUGUAUUGCUUCACAUUUUCUUGUAGUUCAUCCUCCACCUCGUCCUUCACUCUUCCUCUCCGCUCCGUGAAGCCGCUAAGUCAGCCUGUUCCGUGCACAGGUGUGUGAGGUGUAGGGUUAGAGUGUGAUGAAAUGAUAUUUUUUAUACGUUGGAAGUCGCGCGUCGCACAAUUCCUGUCCCCAUCCCCUGCUCCUUCCCUACUCCCGCCCCCCUGCUGCUGCCUCCCUCCCGCUCGCCCGGACUGCCUCGCCGUGUCGCUGCCGUGAUCCGGACACUUAUUCGACCUCUACUUCUUUCCCCGCACGAGGGUCACACACACCUCCCUGAGAAGGCACCGCUGCUGUUCACCCCAACGUGGCAGUCACCACAGUCACCGAAACUCGAGUCAUGGCAAUACAUUUGUGAAAUUCAACUUGUUUUUGCAACCGAGUACUAUCAGUUAACUUAGUUUUUCAUAGUCACUCUUAACUGUCCAGAUAAUUAGCUUCCUUUCUACUCCCAGUCAGCCUCCCCGCUCACUUGGGCCAGUGCAUUCCUUCUGACACUGUGGCCAUUACUGUUCUCGGUGUUCUUGACCAUGACUGCUGUUUGCAUUUACUGGGGACAGCGCUUGCGGUGGUGAUGUGACCUGUGUGUGUGUGUGUGUGUGUGUGUGUGUGUGUGUGUGUGUGUGUGUGUGUGUGCUCAGUCCAGGAGUGUGUGAGGUCCUCCAGCGAGUCGCUACAGCUGAUCCUUCGCUCCUGUGAGAGUCCUGAGUACCUGCAGCCUCAACACGGCGCCCGACUUAGCCCCGCCUACAGAAUUUUCAUUAUUGUUCAUGACGGCUGCACACGCCCCCUCCCCUCCCCUACUCCACCCCUCCUCCCCUUAUCUCCCUCAAAAAAAACAUCAUCCGGUGUCCCAAUUUUAACGUCGUCUGGUCACUGUUUUUGCCUUUUUCUGUUUUUAGUCAGUAUUAUGUGUCAUUUCGUGUCAAAUAUUCAGUGUUUUACAAUAUCUUCAACGUGACGUCCACUGGUUCCAACCCAGGCGGGAGGGAGGCAGGAGGUCAGCGGCGGACCGGCCCUCUCCCCCGUGCCUGCCUCCCCCUCCCCAUCCCUACCGGAGGAAGGCCCGGGGACAGGCUCCCUCCCCCCUCACCUCCCUCUGCCUCCCUCCCUCCCGUUUCGCUAAUCUUACGUUGACACUCGCCAUUAGGUUCCAUAGAUCUGCAUUGAUAAGAUAUAAGACCUACACAGCCGCCACGAACACCCCUCCCUCGCCCCCACCCAUCCCCACACGCUGUCCCAAACCACCCCGGCGUGGGGUCCAAAGACACCGUAGAAAUUGCCUCGGCAACCCGAGCGAAAUGCACUCCAUGCAUAACCCAAUUGGAAGGAUGAUAUGAUAGUGGAAGUCCGUGUCCCGCGAAGUCACUCGGUGUGUUCCGUACCACAGUCCCAGGGUUAAGGUUCCGUACCACACUCCCAGGGUUAAGGUUCUGUUUUAGUCCUCAGUUUUGUGUUUGUGGUCGUACUCUCAUGAUCCAUCUGCCAACCAAAACAUGUACAUACAUACAAACACUUACAUGACAUACACACUUACACUGCAAGUCCACACGCAGCACGGGCGAGCACAGCCCCGCGGGCGGCGACAGCCAGGUGUGUCCCGCGCGCGGCGUGCGUGGCUCCCCGCGCUGCGCGUGUCGCCUUGCUCUGUCGUUGUCCUUCGUCUCGAGCUUUUCGGCGGCAACACCUCCAAAGGAGAGAGUUCACUCGCUUUGCUUCACCUGCCGUGGCCGGAGCAGGUUCAGGCGUGUCUCGUUCGCAUCAGUUUUAAGAAUAAGAGAGAGAAUUUUAUGUACCCACGUCUCGUUUAAGAGUUUGUGUGGGCAGAAAAAAAAAAAAAACAUUUGUGAGAAGGCAAUGUUUUGUAAAUUUUCCAUUAGCGAGUGAGAGGUUGAAGGGAGAGGCGGUCGGCGGUUACUGCAAAGGGCCCGGCCGUUACCCAGCUCUUCCUGCCGCAGCCUCCACCUGACACUCUACUGUGACGUCCGCUUAGAGAGAUAUCUUUUCUAUUGAAUAUAUUAUAUAGAUAUAUAUAAAUAUAUAUAAAUAUUAUUUAGUACAUACAUCUAUACAAGGGUCACGGGUCGUUGCAGUAACUGGCUGCCGGCGCCCCAGCCACUGUUUGGAGUCAAUUCAGUGAGCCGAGUCCGGCGUUGAGUCACUUCCUGUUCCUGAUGUUGAAUCCAGUCAUUUGUUCCUGACGCAGGUUCAGGUCGCCGACUGUCUGAGACUGGCCUGUGCCCAUACCGACUAAUGUUACCAGUCAAGCACAACCUAUUCUAGCCUUACAUGUGGGUUACCAUCUGUUUUUAAGAAAUAAUAGUUUAAUAUAUAGUCUAAUGCUAGUUGGAGACGCUUCGAACAUUAUACAUGGUCCUGUCGCCCGAGUUAUUAUUAAUGUCUUCAGAUCAUUAUGUAUUGUGGGUAAAGUAAUUUAUUUUUCUCUCAACCUCAAAUAUUGUUGGUGAAUAUCCCGGUGACGCGGAGUGUUGGCGUCACCUUGUGCGGCAGAAUGUGAAACAAGAGUUAUUUUUCACCGCUACUUUCCCUGUGCUUUGUCUGCUGUGUGGGUGGCAGCGUCUGUCUGCCCGUGUUUCCCCUCCAGUUUCCUUCUUGUUCAGUGUGGAGAGGAUGAGAAGUUUUCGGUUGCUUUAUCUCGCAAGGCUGACAAUCCUGAGAGCCAAUAAAGACUUGUGUGCCUCUCCUGUCGACCCUGUGCACCACUCUCUCCCUCACGCCUCUGAACGGUCCAAGUGUCUUAGCGCCGCCAUAUCAGCUGAGAGUUUUUCAAAGAUUACAGAACCUUGUUUCUGUUUUGGUGUGUUCAGUCCUUACGAGUCUCCCCCAGUGAGUGUAUAAGUGUUCUUAUCGUUGUUAACGCCUACGUGUUGAAUAAAAUUUCUCUUGUUGUCUUAAAAUGAGUUAUGUUUACUUAUCUUACGGUUGGAAAGUGUUUUGACAUAAUCUAAGCGGCCGUCUGGCCACCCCAAGGUUCCACUCACGUAGAAUGAUGGAAAUAUGACAUUUUCUUUAUUGAUCUGGAUGAGUUAGGAAGGACAAAUGCCACUGAUUUCACAACCAUUGGACCUGAAGAGUCAUGGUAGAGUGCACUGAUAGAGUAUAAUGCAAAAAAAAUCAUAUAUUGAGAGAACACGUGUACUUGUAGAAGAAUAAAGUCUCUACUCUUA